AGGCACGCCAGGAGGUGCAUUGCCCGCUAAGGGCGGGACACGCGGGGCACACCGGGAGGAGUGGCGGGAGCGCUGAGGGCGGGAGACCUCGGGCUGGUCCCGGGGCCGAUCCCGGUGCCGCUGUCGCCGGUCGCGAUGCUCCGUCGGAAGCCGACGCGGCUGGAGCCGAAGCUGGACGACGUCGAGGAGUUCGAGAGCGUGCGGAAGGAGCUGGAGGGCCGCAGGAAGCAGCGCGACGAGGCGGAGGCGGCGGCGGGCGGGGAGGAGGCGGCGGCGCUCGCGCUGGGCACGGAGCACAAGAGCCGCGAGCAGCUCAUCAGUGAGCGCAUCGGGUACAAACCGCAGCCCAAGGCCGGCGGGCGGACCGCGCACUUCGGCACCUUCGAGUUCUGAGCGCGGCGCCGGGGCCGCAGCGCCGCCCGGAGGGGCCUCGCCCUCCCCCCUCGGCGCUCUCCCUUUUCGGUUGCCUUAGUUUUUUAAGUUCGGUUAACACACCCAUGAACGCUCCUCUUGGCCCAGUGUUUUGUUUUAAAUAAACACGUCUUUAAAAAAAAAAAAACAAAAAAACAAAACAUCAUAACAAGCACACGAUUGUUAAAUCGUGUUAAUUGUUAAGCAUUGCUGGAAAUGGGAACACCUGGAGUUCCUCCUUCCACCUCUGUGUCACCUCAGCUGCCCUGGUUUGUCACCCUGGGAAUGGAGCCCCAGGGACUGUUACUGCUUGCAUCAAAGAUCACCAAGUAUUUCCUUAUGGAUGAAAAGCCCAAAGGAAGAGUGAUUUUUUCAGCACAUCCCUGGAUUUACCCCCAUCAAUGCCUGGGCUCUGGAAGGUGAGACUGGGGGCAGAGCCCCACAGAGGAGGGGACAGACUCUGACACAGAGUGAGAGGACUUGAAG